AUGGGCAAGAAGCAUGUAUAUGACAAUCCUUCUUCUUCGGAGUCGGACUCUGAUUCCUCCCCUGCGACCUCUCCCCACCGCAACCGCCGUUAUGAGCGACGCUCCCACAAGCGGGCGUUAAGUCCUGCUGCUAGACGACUGUACGCUCCCGCACCACAGGCUGCCGCCGACAAAGCUUCUGAGGACAAGAAGAAAAAGUCGAAGAAACCACCGCAAGAGAGCAUUGACAAAAUUUGGGAGAAGUUCUCCCAGAAAAACUUUAGCAAAGCCCUGGCGGUACUGCCUUCCUCUUCUGUUUCUUCGUCAACCUCCACGGAGCGUGGCAACGAGCUCUUAUGCGCCGGAUACGAGCGGGCCGCCGAGGAGUGUAGGAGAAGAGUCCGCAAGAUCAUUGCCGAGUGCAGGAGAAUCAACACCCGUUAUCGCGAUCCAGGCUGGGACAUUGACUGGGACUUCAAGUGGGAAAAGGGCCAUUGCUUGAACAGCCUGGGGUCUAAAAAGUUCGAUAUCCGUGCGUCAAAUCUUACCAAUACCAAAGCGAAUAUCCCCAAAGCCGUCAAGCGCGUGCACGAGAUCUUCAAGAAGCCCACUUUCAUGGAAAAUGUGCUCCCCGGCGACAUCAAGCAAGGUAACCUUGGCAAUUGCUGGCUCAUUGCAAGCUUGACGGGUCUGGCGAAUGUGCCGGAUGGGGUCAAGCGUAUCUGCGUGGAGUAUGAUACCAAGAUAGGAAUCUAUGGCUUCGUUUUCCAUCGUGACGGCGAAUGGAUUUACUCAAUUAUAGAUGACAAGCUUUUCCUCAAGUCGCCAUGCUGGGACUCGCCGUCCAUGCAGCGUGAUCUCCUGAAGCAGAUCGACCGGGAAGACGUUGAAAGCGUCUAUCGUGAGACGUACCAGACUGGUUCAAAAGCACUCUUCUUUGCCCAGAACAAGGACCAGAACGAGACUUGGGUCCCACUUCUUGAAAAGGCCUACGCCAAGGCGCACGGCGACUACGGCUGCCUUCACGGAGGCUGGAUCGGCGAGGCAUUAGAGGACUUGUCUGGUGGUGUUACAACCGAACUACUCGGGAGCGAUAUCUUCGACAUCGAUGCUUUUUGGGUCAACGAGUUGAGCAAGGUCAAUCAGGAAUUUCUCUUCGGUUGCUCUACCGGUCUGCUCGACGGCGGGUACGGUGAGCGAGACGGUAUCUCGGAAGGUCACGCUUAUGUCCUUAUGGAGGCAAAGACGCUGAAGGACGGGACUCGCCUUUGUAAACUCAGGAACCCCUGGGGCCAGAUCAAGAAGGGCACCUGGGAAGGUGCAUGGUCUGACGGCUCCAAAGAGUGGACCACGGAGGUUAAGGAAGAGCUCAACCACAACUUCGGAAGUGAUUCGACCUUUUGGAUUUCUUACGAAGACCUCCUUCGCAAAUAUCAGCACUUCGACCGCACUCGCCUGUUCCGAGACCCAGACUGGCGUUCUUGUCAGCGAUGGGUCGGGGUGGAAGUUCCCUGGAAGGCGCAGUACAACGAAAAGUUCCACAUCAAACUGACAAAGGAGUCCCCAAUCGUUCUUGUACUCUCGCAAAUUGACAUACGAUACUUCCGCGGCUUACAGGGACAGUACAAUUUUCGACUGCAAUUCCGACUGCACGAGGAGGGCAGUCCUGGAGCUGAGGACUACAUAGUCCGCAGCCACGGCAACUACCUCAUGGACCGCAGUGUCUCUGUUGAGCUGCCAAGUAUGCUUCCCGGAAAUUACGUGGUGUUCAUUUCUGUCAUCGGCGAACGCGACAACGACAUCUACAGCACAGAGGAGGUCAUCCAGCGCGAGUGCAAGAGCCGCACAGAGAACGAAAAGCUCGCUCAGGUCGGGCAGGCGUAUGAUCUCGCCCACUCCAAGGCUGCCAGCCACCUUAAACGAUUGGGUGAGGUCCGGAAGAAGGCCGAGGGCAAAAAGGCCAGCGAAUCCCGGAGAAAAGAGCGGAGAAAGAAGUGGGAGAGGCGACAGAAAGAGCGGGAAGUCAAGGCGAAGCAAGCGAAAAAGGACAAGGAAAAGAAGCUGAGAUUGAAAGCUGAGAAGAAAGCUAAGGCUGAAGCUGAGAAAAAGGUGACGGAGGAGAAGGCGGCGGAGGAAAAGGCGGCGAAGGACGCCGCUGAGAAGAAAGCUUCAGCAGAGAAGAAGGCAGCAGAGAAGGAGGCAGCAGAGAAAGCUGCAAUACAGAAGGCCGCAGAGCAAGCCGAGCUCCUUCGGGCCGAAGCCAUGGAUGCCGACAAUGCCUCAGUCACUUCUAGUUGGACCACCUCGGGUACAGCACAGCACACGCCACAAGAUAGCCCAAGGAGUGAGCCUGCUCAACCUGCCGCUAUUGGACAAGAUAGGGUCGAAGUCCCUCCAGCCGUCAGCAGCGCCGGUGCUACUCCUAUCCUAUGUGGAUGCACGCCUGCUGCAAAGAAGACCGAGCCGGAAGAAACAACUAGAAACAAACCGAUUGAGCUCAAGAUACAAUGCUGCUCCUGCAACCACCAGAACAAGAAGCCGGCCGCGCCACCGGCCGAGGAGUCAGAUGGCUACUCCUCUGCGUCGCCCGUCGAGGACUACGAGAAUCUGUACGAGCAGGAUGACGCGACCACCUCCCUCCAGCCGGCUUCCCCAACCACACCGGGGUCGGACAAGACUGAAGACGGCAAGUCAGACGACGAAGACAGCGACAGUCCCGAACCAUGGAACGCCAUCGCCGUAGUCGGGUUCAGGGUCUACUCAAAAGACGAGAAUCUAGAAUUGCGCGUUAUCCUGGAGGGCGGUCUCCUAGAACAAGACGGAAUGGGGACCCUGGGUGAGGCUGAUCUUGAUAACGCAGUCGCCAAUGCUGGUGGUCAGCGCGGCAAGCAGGAAGAGGAAAGCAGCCAGAAAGCCCAGGAGACUCCAGAUGAUGGCAAAGCAGAUGAGGCGACGAAAAAGAAGAUGGCAAACAAUGAUGACGGCGAAAAUAAAGAAGCGGGCAAUGAAGAAGAGGACAACUCGUCGGCUGAUGGAGAUCGUAUGGCGCACUACCGGACCAUCAUUGAGAGGAAGACGAAUAUGGUCAGGAAUGGUGGGCACCCAAAGACGGCCGAGUCGGACCACGUUCCGUCUCGUGGGUGGCUUCGGAAGCAGAAUGAUUUUGGCGGGACUUAG